CUAGAACCUGCGCGUGGUGCCCGCUGGGAGUUGUAGUCUCGGGAGCUGCCUCUGACCUCUGUUCUGGGGGCGGUCGGGCCAGCCAGAGCUGGGGGUGGGGUGGGGGGGGGAGCCGAUGCUGGGAAGCGCAGCUGGCUAUGGCCUCGGCUAGCGGCGGCGGCGGCGGCGGGGCCGCCGCGGAGGCCGAGCGCCCCCACCAGCGGCCCUUCCUGAUCGGGGUGAGCGGCGGCACGGCCAGUGGAAAGUCCACAGUGUGCGAGAAGAUCAUGGAACUGCUGGGCCAGCACGAAGUGGAUCACCGCCAGCGCAAGCUGGUCAUCCUGAGCCAGGACCGCUUCUAUAAGGUCCUGACCGCCGAGCAGAAGGCCAAGGCGCUGAAGGGGCAGUACAACUUCGACCACCCAGAUGCUUUCGAUAAUGACUUGAUGCACAUGACCCUGAAACACAUCGUAGAAGGCAAAACCGUUGAGGUCCCGACUUAUGAUUUUGUGACCCAUUCCAGGUUACUGGAGACAACUGUGGUUUACCCUGCGGAUGUGGUUCUGUUUGAGGGCAUUUUGGUAUUCUAUAGUCAAGAGAUCCGAGACAUGUUUCAUCUUCGACUCUUUGUUGACACCGACUCAGAUGUGAGACUCUCUCGUAGAGUUCUCCGAGAUAUGAAUCGUGGGAGAGACUUGGAGCAGAUCCUAACACAGUACACCACCUUUGUCAAACCUGCCUUUGAGGAAUUCUGCCUGCCGACUAAAAAGUAUGCUGAUGUGAUCAUCCCUCGAGGGGUUGACAACAUGGUUGCCAUCAACCUGAUUGUACAGCAUAUUCAGGACAUUUUGAAUGGGGACAUCUGCAAAUGGCAGCGGGGAGUUCCAAAUGGGCGGAGCUACAAGAGAACAUUUCCUGAGCCUGGAGAUCCUGCUGUUGUUCUAACUUCUGGUAAACGAUCCCACCUGGAGUCUAGCAGCAGACCCCACUGAGGAGCUGGAGGCUGUUAAUCAGCCUAUAGGGCAGAUCUUCCUUGGUAUAAUGACUGGGUCUAGAGUUACUUUUUUUUUUUUUUUUUUUUUAAACAAAACCCUCAGUAUUUAGAAUUACUCUUUUAAUACCUGUUACAAAAUGAUUAUAAGAUGAAAUUAUUUAACCAUUUAGGUUAAAAAAGUUAAUUUUAUUCAAUCUUAAAUGUGAGAAAUACUAAAAGGACCUUCUUGAUGUUAUCUUCCAUGUAUUCAGAAGGCUUCUAUAAUCUCUUUGGGCCACCUGAAAAUUGCCCUUCAUCUGCAUGAAUGAACCUAUUAUGCUUGCUCCCAGAAGUAAUGCUAGUAAUAAAUUUAAGAAAUAGACUGGAGGUCUGGGUCUUGGCUCUGGCUGGUAUGACCUGAACAUGAACCACAUAGAAACGUCUUUUUUCCUCCUAAGUUAAUAAGCAGAGGUGGGAAUGUUGAUAAGCACUUUAAAAAAAAGAAAGACACAAAAAAAACUUCUAUUAAGUAUAAAGGAGAGCAUCUGCUAUUUUGAAUGUGUUUACUGGGGACCUAAAAGGCUUAUAAAUAUGCUUGACAGGUUACUGCAGAAUCAAGAUUUGCCCAGUCAAUCAAAUAAUUCUAGAGUUCUGUGUGGUUUUCACUUGAAUGUAGACAAUGCCCAAGCAAAUAGCUCCACACAAGGCUGUUGACUCUUUCUGUCUAUAACCGGAAAUUGCCAAGUCAAAAGCUUACCUGUCCUGGGACACAUGCUACCUACCGCCAAACAAUUCGCUAUAUUACUCAUCGCCAUGUCAGGUGCAUGCUUUCCUUAGAGCUAAGUUACCCAGUGGAAUUUAGAGGUUCAAAAUGAAUGUUGUUGCACAAAUCAGCCCUCUAGUUUCUGUACCACUUAUCCCAUAUGACCUAGCACUGAAUUGCGCAUAUGAGAAUGUUUUGGUCUAUAUGGUUCUCUAUAAGCUUCCCUUCUAACUAGUGUUCAAUUCCCUUUAUAUAAUAUAUAUAUGUGUACAUUAUAUAGAAUGUAUAUGUAUACAUAUGUAUGCACAUAUAAAUAGAUAAAAUCUGUUUUAUAUUCAAUCUCCUCAUGUAUAACCACUUGUGGUUUUCUUCUGUUAGGCAUAAAUCAUUAUAGUUAAUAUGAGAUACUUUGUUUUUCCAAACUGUAAUUACCUAAAAUCUUUGUCUUGCUUAAUGUACCAUUUUGGGACUAAUAAACAAAUACCAAAUAGUGUUCA